AAGCUGCAACAUGGCAUCUUGACGUCUCGGUGUUCUACGUUUUCUGAAGAGCGAAAGAGGCUGUAUGGUGAAUGGCACGCGAUGCUUUUCAACUAACGCCUCCACGUUGUAGGCAGUCAAGCAAGUCGGCCGUUCGUCUCGUAGCAGUGCACGUAGCGCCUUCGUUGCGAGGUGUCUGAAAGAAGUGUGAGUUUCUCUUUUGUUAUUGUCAUGUCUGUCUCCGAUCCCGAGACGCGAGAGCUCUUCUUUGAUGAUGACCCGGAGAAACACUUCACAGACUUACGUGAGAUUGGACACGGGAGCUUUGGAGCCGUAUACUACGCAAGACAUGUGCAGACAGCGGAAGUCGUUGCCAUCAAGAAGAUGUCUUUCUCUGGCAAGCAGUCGUCGGAGAAGUGGCAGGAGAUUGUGAAGGAAGUUCAAUUUCUGAGACGGUGUGACCAUGACAAUUGUGUCAGAUACUUGGGCUGCUAUCUGAAGGCUCACUCUGCGUGGUUGGUGAUGGAAUACUGUCUGGGAUCAGCAUCCGAUAUCAUUGAAGUGCAUAAAGAAGCACUACAAGAGAACGAAAUCGCUGCCAUCUGUGUUGAAGUCGUGAAAGCUUUAUGUUAUCUCCAUGGCAACAAGAGAAUCCAUCGAGAUGUAAAAGCUGGCAACGUACUAUUGAAGGAAGACGGUCGUAUCAAACUAGGUGAUUUUGGGUCUGCGUCACUGAUCAGCCCAGCCAAUUCGUUUGUAGGGACUCCGUAUUGGAUGGCUCCUGAGGUCAUUCUUGCUAUGGAUGAGGGUCAGUAUGACGGCAAGGUUGAUGUAUGGUCGCUUGGCAUUACAUGCAUUGAACUUGCUGAACGAAGACCUCCAUUGUUUAACAUGAAUGCCAUGAGUGCUCUCUACCACAUCGCUCAGAGAGACCCACCGUUGCUUGGAAACACAAGACCAUGGAGUGACUCGUUUAGAGACUUUGUCGGCUGCUGUCUACAGAAACAGCCCACUAACCGUCCAACAUCUGCCCAAUUGUUAACACAUCACUUCAUUAAACUUGCUCAAACGAAAGGUGUUCUCUUUGAUCUCGUCCAACGAACAAAACGUGCCGUGCAAGAGAUGGACAAUCUCACGUAUCGUCGCAUGAGAAAGAUGUUGAUGAAAACUGAAGACUCGACAGAGCAGCAGGAUGGUGGACCAAGUGGAGGGGACAUUUCUGCCAAUGACACCGGGAGUACAGAGAACAUUGUUGACAGUGCGUUGGAUAGUCCUGUAGAGGAUAUGCCAUCACGUUCGUCGACAGAACCGCAAGUGGGAGAGAGUGGAGAAGAGAGCGACAGCGGGGAAUCUUCUGUCAGUGAAAUGAGUCACGUGGAGGGUCCUCUAGCUGAUGGACUCCCUACUCCACCGUCUCUUCCAGGAAGAGAAUCUCCUCAUUCGGUUGAACGCCACAACAUUGCUACAGCACCACCAUCACUAGAUGACGACCCCGGCCGUGCUGCUGUUGCACGGAGAAUGUCGGCACAGGGUGCUGUUCGUCGUGGUCACUUUGCUACUCUACGACCGCAGAGUAUGAUACAGAAAAAACGUAGUGAAGUCUUGAUCAAGAACGAAAUGAAAGACCAACUUUCUAUGUAUAAACGUAUGCGUCAGCAGCAUGCUCGACAACUCGAACAGCUAGAGAUGAGGAACACGACUGAAAUGUCUGACCACAAGAAGGUUCUAGAACGAGAGUUGGAGCAGCAGUGUUUACUGUAUGAUAGAGAGAUAGAGAGACUACGUAGUAGGUGUAAGAAUGACUUAGAUACAAAGGUGAAAGGCAUCGUGACUGACGACAAGAGAUUUCAGAGGCAGAUACGGGACCGGCAGGAACCGGAAAUGAAACACUUUCAACAGCAGCAGAAAUCGGAUUUCAGAGUUGCCAAACAGAUGUACAAGGAGGGGUUAGACAAGACAUCUACCGAUUGGAAACAACAGUAUCAAGACAAGAAGGGUGAGCUAUUACGACAACAGCAGAAGGCAGAAGACGAAUUGUUAGGAAAACAGCUGCAAGAGGCCGAACAAGAUCUACGGCAAUUUAGAAGAGAACUAUUAGUCCAACGGCACAUGUUGGAGAAGAAUCUGUUACAAGAAGAACUGAAUACAAUGCAAGUUCAUAAAGACUUGGCACAGCAAAUGCGCAUGCGGCAUCAUCGUUUGACAGCCGAGAUGGAGUUGAAGCAUCUAGCAGCCCAUCAGAAUCUACGGAGACAACACCUGGAAAGUCAGCAGCAGACAGAGUGGGCCAACCAGAUGGAAUACAAUCGAAACAAAGAGAGAGACUUACGGAAAAAGCAUCUGAUGGAAGUACGGAAACAGCCAAAGGAUCUCAAGGGUCACCAGAGUCGCAUUCGGAAACAAUUUCACGACACGGUGAAAAUCCAACAGCGACAAUACAAGGAACUUCAGAAACAAUUGUUUGAAGUGUAUCCUAAGGAGACCCACAAAGAUGUGAUAAAGCAGGCGAAAGAGGAUCAGACGAGAAAAAUGGCUCAACUCGCUUCUCAAUAUGAGAAAAGCAUCUCGGACAUGCUGGAGCAGCAGACGUUGAAACUUGAUGGAGCACAAGUUACGGAGCAAGAAGAUCUUCGAGCCAAGCUGCAGCAAGAAGAAGACUUACUGAAAGAGUACCAACACAAGCUGCUUUCCGAUCUCAAGGAUCAACUACAAAAAGAAAAAGACGCGUUGGAAAACAGAGUCAGACAACGUGAAGAGCAAUUGAAACAGAGAGUGUACGAAGAAAGCACUCGUUUGCAGGGCAUUCGAUUAGAACGACAACAAGAACUCAAGCAACGGCAGAUCGCUGAGCUCCAGGAAUUUGACGAAAGUCCAGGUAGUGGAUUUGUUCUAGGAGUCAAUGUGGACCCUCGAAAAUCGCGAAGUGGCAGUACUAUUCAACGUGAGCCAGCCACGUUCGCACCACCGUGAAUAGUUGGAUUGAAAUGAGUCGACUUGAGUUUAGGCAUUAGUACAUUUGUAGAGGUACUCGCAGAUUUUAUGAUCUUAGGAAAUGGGUGACUGGUAGCUUACUUGACUUCAAUUUUUUCCUGUCAACUUAUUGAACAGCAACAAUUCAAUCUAUGAUUUUCCUUUA